UGCAAGCAAGUGCCUCCAUACGGUCACGAAGUUCUUGCUGAUUGAUGUAAAACACAGACCAGACAGACAUCCUUUUUAUCGUCCCAGUUUUGUUUCUCUUCCAUAUCUGAACGUUGUAGGGGACUUUUACCUAGCAAAAAUGGAUAAUGAUGGUGUGUUAUCACACUUCAAAGAACAGUUGAGGGAAGACCCGGAGAUGUCCGCUGCUGUAGCUGCCAUCAAAACUCUUGUCAAGCUUAUUGAAACCAGUCGAGCCGGGACACUCUCUGAGCUGAGAGACAACAUAAAGAAUGCGACAGAAGUGAUGCUGACCGGAGAGUACAGCUAUGCCUCAGUCAGCUCUGGCUGUGAGCAGUUUUUGCGCAAUGUGUCACUCGCAAAUCUGGAUAGGAAUUUCAAAACUGUGAUGUUGGAGCGAGCAAAUAUCUUUCUCAAGGAGAUUCUGAAAGCGAGGAGUAAGACAGUGCAAAUGGCCACAAGAUUUAUUGAUGAUGGAGCGACUAUUUUGACGCACUGUCGAUCACGAGUGGUCAUGCAAGUUUUGAAGGCUGCAGCGAAAGAGAAUAAGAGAUUCACGGUUUAUGUCACGGAAUCUAAUCCGGACCAGAGUGGGUACGGUGCUCAGGAGGAGCUGACAAAGCACGGUAUCCCCACCACAGUCAUCUUGGACGCUGCCGUCGGGUACAUCAUGGAGCGGGUACAGCUGGUGAUGCUGGGGGCGGAGGGUGUGGUCGAGAGCGGAGGCAUCAUCAACAAGAUUGGUACCUACCCUAUUGCCAUCACCGCAAAGUCGAUGAACAAGCCAGUGUAUGUGGUUGCUGAGAGCUUCAAGUUCGUUAGAGCUUUUCCCCUGAAUCAAAAAGAUGUCCCAGACCACUUCAAA